AUGUCUUCUUCCGGCCGCAACGCUUCUGGCACCGGCAAUGAGCAGCGCCGUUCUCGUGGCAGCCAGUUGUCAUGCAAAGCAUCAGGCCAGAUGCGCACCGCCCAAGACAACCCGCGUGAUGAGCACAUUUCCCCGUACGGCAUACCAUCCGGUCCUCAGUCCAUGAUCCGCCGCUCCGACGGCCAGACCAGGCCCUUGUUCGACCUGCGCAAAAUCCCCUUCCCCCGCAUCACCGCCGCCCAAGAGACCUGGCUCUUCGCCCGGCCGCCGCUCCCCUCCAACGCCAUGACGCCGCGGGAACUCGAAUACUCGCAAAUCCUCAUCAACCCGCCACCGGGCGCCUUCCGCCGCAACGGCAGCAUCACCCGCACCUGGCUCGGCGCCAGCCUGCCGGGCGAAUUCCGCAAGAACAACAGCUGCCUCAAGGGCGCGCAGGGCAGCAUCAGCCACAUGGGCGGCGCGAAGCUCAACCUCUCACCCUACUACUGGGACUGGCUGGCCGCCCGCACCGCGCCCCCGACGCACGCCGCCGGCGGCCCGCUCGCCCGCCGCCGCGUGCUCUGCGACGAGCAGCACAACCGCGACGCCCACAGCAGCGACGGCGCCCACUUCGUCUGCCCGUUCCCGCACGCGCUGGCCAACGCGCGCUGGGACCACGGCUACGAGCACCUCGUCUGCGCGGCAUGCGAGGAGGCGCAACUCGGCCCCCACAGCUGCGCGCCGCUCGUGCGCAUGGUGUUGACCGAAGGGCCGCUGGUCGCCAUGUGCGAGCGCUGCGCGCUGUGGGCGCUCGACGAGUACGGCCCCGGCUACAACGGCUGCGAGUGCACGGCGGGCGCCUUCGGCGGCUUGUGCCUGCAGCAUCAGAACGAAGAGGCCGAGACGCUGGCGCGGAGGUGGAUCGAGUACCGCAAGCUGCACAGCGGGCCCGGCGGCUGGGACGAGGACGAGGGCGCGCACAUCGUCGUGCCAUACUGCCGCUGCGAUCGCGUGCCCGUGCCGAGGAGCUUGAAGCCGUUUGCGUUUUGGUGCGCCGCCUGCGAGAAGCCGGUUAUCUUGCCCAAGGGCAAGGGUUGGCGGAGGGAGCUGAGCACCGCGGCGCUGGGUAGUAGUAGUAGUCAGAUGGAGAAGAAGAAGCCCCAGCGCUGGCUGGUGCCUGACAACCUCCCCGUCGCUGACUUCGAUGCCGAGUGGACGAGGGAUCCUUCCGACGCCCCGCCUUACCGCCGUGGAGGCCCUGUUGUUGACCCGGACAGGUACCGCCGUUCUGACCAGCGCCAGCGCCAACCGGCCAUUGGCUCUGGCCAUGCUCCUCCUCCUCCUCCUCCUCGACCUCUUCCGCAGCCAGCAGCCCCGAACAGGAACCGCGAUGCUGGCAUGGGCCCGCCGCCUCCGCCUCAUCAGCCCCGUCGGCGCGGAGGUGUCGCGCCGAAGCGCUCGUACAACAUCAGCAGCGAUAAUUUGGGAGACGACUGA